GUCCUGCGGAAUAGUUUUUUGUUAUUUCCAUCUACGGAUUACUCAGCACAAAUAAUGAACUUGAUCGGUUCCUUUGGUUUUUGCAUAUUUGUUUCGGUGUUGACAAUCGCCCAAUGUCAAGUGAUCGAGUCUAUGUACGGGAAGCAAAUGGAGAUUGAUUGUCAAACGGCGCAUCUCGGAAUAAGGGAAACCGUCAGAAACAGCAUGUGUCGAGUCUACGAUCGCAUCGUUGAUCUGAAACCCAUACCAGGGUAUCGGUUCGUGCUACCGGUAGCUUCCGUUAAACGAUGCGACGGCUACUGUACGACUGGCUUAUCCUGUGAGCCGAUAGAAACAAGGAUGACUGAAGUUUACGUUGAUUUAAAACCUUGGUACGGCCGCAGGAAGAUAAGGCAGUGCGCUGCCGUCAAGGUCGAAGAACACGUCCGUUGCUGGUGA